AUGUUCCGGGGGACCGUCGCAAGGAUGGCAUCUGCACGUAAAGAAUUGAUUGGGACGACUGGACGUCGCUACGAGUUCAAGUCUUUGAUUCAAGAAAGACCUCAUCUGGGUCGUGUCUGGCUGGCAAAGUCAGGUCCAGCUCAAUUCAUUUUGAAAGAUGUACCGGAAGAUAUUUUCUCCAACUUCAAUGAAAGAAUACAACCCCAGCUUAACAAAAGCCCCUAUAUACGGCUACCACAUGACGCUAUACCAGGCGAACGGGUUCUCGUUUACAAGUACUUGAAGGACGACUUUUUGGAUCUCGUCAGGAGGGAAAUACCGAUGCGAGCCCGAAAGAAGAUCCUCAAGGCUAGUUUGCUAGGGAUUGCGGAGUUGCAUGACAAGAAUGUUGUUCAUCUAGACAUUAAACCGGAUAAUAUUAUGGUUGACAGUUACUGCGACCGCAAAGAUGGUUCUGUCGAACGGGUUCAACUCAUCGAUCUCGAAAAUGCCGCUUACCUUCCGAAAGGCCGAUGCAUCAAAGGCAUGCUGGCUGGAAAUGAUAACUGGCGCAGCCCCGAAGCACAUUUCAAGGGCGAGCUAAACAAACCGACGGAUAUAUUCUCCUUCGGUAUUGUUUGCAUUUACGCUGUUCUCGGUCGCGUCAUCUUCGGGCCCGAUGAAGAUUUUGAGAAGCACCAUGCGCAGGGAGCACUUCCUAUCUUCAUUCGUCUCCAGCGUCAGGUCUCAUAUUUCGGAGAUCCGGAGGGAAUUAAUGGCUUGUCGAAGCAUCUCGCGGACGAUGAGUUCGGUCGUGAGGCUUUGCAGAUGUUAUGGGAUGAAAGGCUAGAAGAGCACAUCCCAUACAGGCCUUUUGCCGAGUGGCCCGAAAUUACAGAUCCAGACUUCAAAGAUCUUAUCAGUGGCCUGACGAAUCUUGACCCGGCGAAACGCAUUACAGCACGCCAGGCGUUGGCUCAUCCAUGGUUAGCAGGCAUCUGA